UUUCGGUUAAUCUUUACCUUUAUCUCUUUCUCUCUCUCUCUCUCUUUUUUUCUCUCACUCAUCUUCAUCCUUUUCUUUUUUCGCUCUCUCACCUCAGUAACCUCGAAGGUAUUUGCUUCUCUUCACUUGUUCCAAGUUCUAUUAUACUAAAGAUAACACCAACGCUCGAAUUCAGUCUCGAGUUCUUGUGUUUACCUUUAAUUCAUUCAGAACUUUUUCCUUCUCCAGUCUACCAACUGAUCUUUGUUUACAUUCUCACUCUCACUCUCACUUUCUCACUCUUCCUCUCUCUCUCUCUCCUUUACUCUAUUUGUGUACAUUGCUUCUUGUGUUGACAUUUAACCUUCCUCAUUGUGGGUCAAUCUUUUAAAUUGUUAUUCCUCUGGAUCGGUUGAUCAUUUAAAUCAAAGCAAAAUGACUUUGGUUCAUUCAAAUGUUUUCGAUGAUUUCAUGUUAUCUCUUCAUGAUCCAAUGCCUCCCAUGCCAAAUGAAUAUCAUGAUUCGAUAACAACCCCAGUUCUGGUAACUGAAUUAAAUGAUCGCCGCGAAGCAUCAAAUUUAAAUGAUAAAAUUCAAAAGUACAAUUUAACAAUUAACGUGUUUGAAAUUAAGUUAAUCGCAAAUGAUAACAAAUCGAUCAUCUCAUCACCAUCAACGGAUAGUAAAGAUAUCAGCUCAAUUGGGACAACUUCCAAAGUGAAUUUACAAUUAAAGAUUGAAAUUGGUGAUCAAAAAGCUAAAACUGGACGUAAAUCGAUUAAAUUGAUUUCAACUGAUCAAUCGGUUACUUUUAAUGAAACAUUUACCUUUUAUUUCAAUACAAUUUUAUCACAAUUUCUUGAUCAUGUGAUUGAAUUUCGAUUAUUCCAAUCAGGUAGAUACAUUAAAGGAACCAAAAUCCUUGGUAAGGUUGAUCUUGACCUGGUCAGUUUAUAUAACGAACCUGGAAUGGCCAUUAAAGAUCACUUGCUCGCUCUAUUCAGUGAACAGACAAGUGAAUUAGUGGGAUACCUGAAAUGUGAUUUAAUUAUUGAUCUUCCAAAUCACGAGCAUAAAGAUAAUCUUUUACCGAUUAUCCGGCCUGUUACACCUUUGAGUCGACAUACACCAAUUGAAUCUCACAUUAAGUCAAUGAAUGUCAUGGUGAAUAUUUAUUCUGGUGAAAUGCCACUGGUCAGAACUCGGACAAAGGACAAACUGGUUUCUCGGAUUCGAUCACGUAAAGCAAGUGGACUUUGUGUAUCGGUCGCUUUAGGUGAUCUUGAAGGAUCAACAAGUUCGAUAAAAAAAUUCUCAAAUCCAAUCUGGAACGAGAUGAUUACCUUUCAUACAACUGUGAAUAUCGAUAAACCUCCGGUAAUGACAAUCAAAGUUCACGAUAAAUCAAAAGGAUCAAUGGGAAACUUUAAACCGUUAACUCGAUCAAUCGAUUUGUCAAAGAUCUGUUUAGAUCGGGGACAUGGACCAAUUUUCGGACCAAGUUACCUUGUCGUCAAGGAAUCGCCUAAAGAUCACUCGCUAAGUGAUAAUUGUCUAUUUGGUAAACUGUUAAUCUCAAUCAGAUCAACCGUAAUUGACGAUAAUCAGAAAGGUUCAACUUCAAUUGACCGAUCAAAUCUAAGCAGUUCCAAUGUCUCACAAUCAAAUAGUGAACAAUUACCUUCAGAAAAUCAAGAAAAUUCAACCGAUUUUAAUUCUGUUAAACAAAUUGAACACAAUGUCUCAUGUGGACCAAUUUGUGAUCUUUCUGAGAUCAACUAUCCGAAAGAAGAUGAGUUCACUUUCUUUGGUGUUUUAUAUUCGUCUGAUAUGAUUUCGAAAAAAUUGGAGAACCGUAAAUUAUCCUAUGAGGUCGAAAUUGGUGGUAACGUCAAUCCCGAUCGAUGUGGAUCACCAAGCAUUCUGGAUCUAACCAUUGGUUCACUUGUCGAUACUGUUAUUGGUUCGGAUGACAAAGACUCAUUACCACCGUUUAAAACGCCAACACCAGCGCGAUCAACACCAAUCAAAGGUUAUCAUGAGCAAGAAAGUGCGAAAAUGUUGGACAAUUCAUCGGUUAUCACUUCGACUUCAAAAACAAGUGAAAAAUCUGAACGAGGCUCAGUAAGUGGCGAUAUAACUGGAAAUUCAGAGACAAAUGGUAAAGCAGAAAACUCAAUUCCAGUAAAAUCAUCAGCGACAAUGCCGCUUAAACCAGAGGCCACGGAUGAUACCGAUCUCUUCCGAUUACCUUUAGGAGAUAAACGACCUUUACUUGGAAUUGAACAGCUUAUGAUUGAUACUCGAAGUAGAUCAUUUGUUCACAAUAUGAUAAGGAAAAUCGGUGAGGAACUUGAGAUUGGUUUGACUGAUGUUCGAGAAAUGGCCUUGAUACAACACCAGGACACUUUUCGCCGGUUUCGAGGUGUCCUCGAAGAUCUAAUGGUUCACUGUAAUCGUUUCCUAGCAUUGACCGUGAUGCCGUCAAAAUAUCCUAAGAAUGAAUUAGAUUUACUAUACACCAAAUAUCGUCAACGAGAGUUAAUCAAAUUAUCCGCCGAUGCUAAGAACACCCUAAUCAUAUUGAACGAAACAAAUUUACCUGAAUGUUUAUCGACAGUUACUGGUUAUCUUGGUCGAAUUGAAGAUCUUCUGGUUGAUCCUCAGGACGAUUUUCCCGAUAUAAUAAUUUAUCUAUUCGCUGAUUCAAAAAGAGUGGGUUAUACACGAAUACCUGUAGCCGAUGUUAUCUUUUCACGACUCGAAAAUGAGAAAGGUUCAUUUUGUGCCAAAACAUCAACGUAUUACAUUAAAUCAAUAAAACACCCAGAACUUAUUCUCAAUCGAAUCGUAUUGUAUACUUGGUUUGGACUUAAAAGGCAUAAACGCCAUUCGACCUCAGGAUUGAUACCUGGUUACGAGGAGUCACUUCAAUUGGUAUUCUUUCAGUCUCUAGAUGGUACAUUACCUUCCCACCUUAUUUAUCCAUCACCAUGAUUGAAUUCGGCUCCACAUUCAGUUUCCAUUGUAACAAAUCCAUCGAUCUGAACGAAAUUCAGAACUUGCUUUCAUGGCGAAAAGAUUUUUUUUUUUGAAUUCUUUGUUUUUUUUUACCCGAAACAUGGUCAACUUUUUUUAAUAAGAAAAAAUUUACGAAUUAAAAAUACAAAAAGUUCUAUCAGGUAAUUUU